ACAGGUGUGUGUUUCUACUGCGGCCUCCAGGAUCAGCCAAUCAGAGGCGCUUACGGAAGUGACAGGUUGCGCCAAAUUUGCAGGCGCGUUGUUUGCGGCAGCAGAGAUUUUACAAUCGGACUCCGAACAAACAACAACAACAACAACAACAACAACAUGGCGAAGAUGAACUUCUACGUGCUCUGGUCCCUGCGUGACGCUCCUCGUCAGUUCAUCAGCAAAUCCACCCGGAGGUGUUUCCAGGUCCACGUCCCGCUGCCUCUGCCCAAACAGCUCGUCAUCUUCGGCCUGGGCGAGUGGAGAGGAGGUGACACCGCCACCAUCUCAGUGGAGGUGGUGGUCAGUGCAGAGCUGCAGGCCCAGAGGAUCGGGACCCUGACAUCUCAGGCAAGGUGUCUGACCUGGGAGGGAGACUGGAGCCCGGACAUCGUCUCUGUGGCCGCAGAGAGGGGCCGGAGAGGAGUUUAUGGCAAGAUUGUUCUCACAGUGUGUGGAGAGGGUAAAUCCAGCGUCCUCAGCAGCACUCCUCUGGCUCAAAGGAAGUGUCUGUUCCCGGAGCAGCACAAUGCAACUGAUCUCUGCAGCACUCUGCACCACGCUGCGGAAAAUGAAACGAUUACACCCAACUCCUCGCAGUUGUCUGACAGCGUUUCAUUUGCUGAGAUCCAAGUGAACAAAAUUGACACCAGUGCCAUCACGGUGGGCAACAAACCCACAGCUUGGCCCACGGAGAAGACACCGAGGCGGACGGUGAUCAGUAAAAGAGGCCACAUGACCUGGAGCUCUGAGGACAUGGACAGUCUCACUGAGGACAUAGAGCAGGCUUCAACCCCAAAGAAAAAAAGGCUGUACAGGAUGAACAGCCAGGAAGGAAUGACAGCGCAGAUAAAGAGUGACAACAGACGAGUUUCAGUGUGUCCAUCGAAGCGCUGGAGCCACACGAUGUGUCUGAGCGACCCCGACACUGCCAUCCUCAUCGGCGGAGAGACGGCAGAUCAAAACUACUGCAAGGAUUCCCUGUGGAAGCUUGAGUUAGACAGUGACUUCUGGUUCCCCAUGAACUCCUCUGCCUCCGGACCUGUUCCACUUUGUGCCCGAGGACACUCUGCGACCUACGACCCAGACUCCAAGUCGGUGUUUGUGUACGGGGGCCUGAGGGAGGGUCAGCGCUACAGCGAGCUGUACAUCCUCAACACUCUGACCUGGAAGUGGAAGCUUGUCACUGCAAAAGGGAACAUUCCAACUCUGGCGUAUCACUCUGCACUGUUCUAUAAGAAGGAGCUGUUUGUGUUCGGGGGAGUCCAUCCAGGACAUUCGUCCGGGGAGAAAUCCUGCAGUAAUGCUCUGUACAUCUUCAACCCAGAGUUUGAGCUCUGGUACCAGCCCAUCGUGGAGGGCGACAAGCCUCUGCCUCGGUUUGGGCACUCGGCCACACUUCUCUCACAGAGGUUGAUGAUAUUUGGUGGCAGGAAGACUGCAACCUACCUCAAUGAUCUCCACGUUCUAGAUCUGGGAUUUAUGGAGUACACAGCUGUGAAGUGUGGGAACAUGCCCCCGUUGCCCCGAGGGUUUCAUGCGGCGGUCCCAGUUUCCGACAACAGGAUUUUAAUCAGUGGCGGCUGCAGUGCAAUCGGAGCGCUCCAAGACGUACACGUCUUCAGCACUGAUACCAACAUGUGGAGUUCGGUGGCGUCUCCCGUGCUUUGCUCCAAACCUCGUGCUGGACACAGCAUGCUGAGUUUGAGCUGCUCCGUCCUGACCGACACCGAGAAGCACGAGCAGAGUGAAAACGUCAGAGUUUACUGCACAGUGCUGGUGUUUGGUGGGUCCGACUGCUCCGGUACCUUCUACAACGACACACUUAAGUACACAGUCGAGGUUCCUGGAGGAAAGUGAUGGAUCAUCAGAGGACAAUCGUUUUUUUGUCUUCGAACAGAUUGAGGAUGAUGCUGUGACCUCCAAGUGUGUUUGUCUCCACAGUUCUUUCUACUUGACUGUCUUUCUUUACAUGUUAUUUAAUUGUAAUUUGACUACUUAGACUUUACUGUUUUUUGUAGUCCUUUAUUUUAUUCUUUUAUUUAAGUCUCUUCAGUAAAGAGCUAGUCUUCCACCAUCCAUCCUAUACACUGCAGGUGGUGGCCACUUUGCAUAACAAAUCUGAUUUGCAUGUUUUGCACAUAACCCACAUAUCAGUAUAUAAUGACAGCAAAAUGCUGGACUGUGAAAAAUCCUUUAAAAAUGUAAUUUUAUAUUAAAUAUUUUAAGCUGACA